AUUAAAAAAACAAUUAAAAUAUUUUUAUUAAACUUGCCAAAAAAAACAUUAUCAUAAAAAAUAAUUAAAUGGCAUAUGUGAUUGGUGAGUGACACAGUAGAAGAAUAAGUAAGGGUCAUAUCAUCGAGUAAGAAGCAAAAAAUAUUGCCUAAAAUCAAUGAUAUUUGAACAGGUGGAUGUGAUAUUCAAUACUGGUUUUAAGGAAACCAAAUAUAGAUAAGACAGCACAUACUGAAAGAGUCAGAGAGAUAAACUAAGAUUGUGUUAAUGCUUAGACUGUGGUUGUUGGUUACUUCCUAUAACUACACUUAAAUAGACAACACAAAAACCACUCAAUCCCUUUGUCUCAUUACAUUUGCAUUUCAAUUCUCACUAUUUCAUAUAUAUUAACCAUUUUUUAAUCUUUUUACAUUUUGGGUUAUGAACAACAAUUAUGUGGUUUAUAUGAUUGUAAAAUGAAGGUCAUGAUUUUGUAGGAAAGUGAACAAAUUUGGUGAUGGAAUAAGCAAGUGUUGAAAAGCUUUGUGCUUGAAGCACUUGCUUUCUGUUUUUGGUCUUCCUCUGUUUGAUAGUAACAAGACAAAAUAUGGAUAUUUCUGAGUGUACAAGGAUUGUUUUCGACAAAAUUCAACGAUUUGAGCCAGAACAUGCUACGAAGAUCAUUGGAUAUCUACUUAUGCAAGAUAAUGGUGAACAAGAGAUAGCUAAGUUAGCUUCAUUUCCAGAUCAUUUGAUUCAUGAUAUUGCCCAUAAUGCAAGAAUGGAGCUUGAAAAGUUGGCUACUAGAUCAGUAAUCUCGUCCGGAAAUCAUUCGCCUGCAAGUUUCCAGGUUCACUCUCCCUAUUACAAUCUGCAUAAUGGAAAUACUAAUCCAGAAUUUAUGACAAUAGGUAUCAAUGAACAUCAAAACCGUACCGCAUUGUUCGGUUCGGAGAAUCAUCAACAUGUAGAUAGUGUAAAUUCUACAACAGCUAACUUUGAUUACUAUAAUUACUGCUUAGAAUAUGCUUCAGCUGUUGCCAAUUUGAAUCGAAAAAAUGGUAGAAGGUUUUCAAACAUGACUGAAUUUCCAUUCAAAACAUGUCACUAUUUCAGCAAAGGAUAUUGUAGGCAUGGAAAUAGUUGUAGGUUCUAUCAUCAUGGACAAGCUGUUUCUGAGAUAUUCUCUCAGAUGUUUGGAAAUGACGCUGCUGCUAAUGACGAACAAGCGAUUUCUCCUGGAUCACUGGCGCAACUAGAGUCGGAAAUCGUUGACCUCUUAAAACAAAGAGGAAAUCCUAUUUCAAUUGCUUCAUUACCAAUGGCAUACUAUGAUAAGUAUAAGAAGGUACUACAAGCUGAAGGGUACCUAGCCGAGAGUCAGCGACAUGGUAAGUCUGGCUACAAUUUGACAAAGCUGCUUAUUCGAUUGAGAAACAGUAUUCGACUAAUUGACAGGCCUCAUGGGCAGCAUGCUGUGGUUUUAGCGGAAGAUGCACCAAAAUUCAUGGGAAAGACGGAUUGUCAAAAUAUUAGUGCAUCACAACAAAUUUACUUAACAUUUCCAGCUGAUAGCACUUUCUCAGAAGAGGAUGUCUCGAACUACUUUAGCACUUUUGGGAAUGUUGAAGAUGUAAGAAUUCCAUGUCAGCAGAGAAGGAUGUUUGGAUUUGUGACAUUUGUUGAUCCAGAAACUGUUAAAAUGAUCUUGGAUAAGGGAAAUCCUCACUAUGUUCGCGGAUCUCGGGUUCUUGUGAAACCUUACAAGGAGAAGCCAAAACUUAUUGACAGGAAGUAUCCAUAUAGACUUGAGAAUCAUGUUUGUUAUUCACCGCGAUAUGUAGACAUUGAUGCUGAAAUCGCCUCAAGUCCAAGAAAUUGUGGCAAUCCUCGGUAUCUAAGAAGGCUCCUCGAAGAACAAGACCGAAUCUUUGAACUUGAAAGAAGGCGUCUUGCAGUGUUGCAAAUAUCCCAAAAAUCUUUAUCUGCUCCACCCCAUUUCGGUAUCAACAUGAAUGGAUCAAGAGUUUCAAAUGAUCAUUUCCAUGUCCAGCCUACAGAAUCUUUUAGUUAUGCGCGCAAUGACAGAGCUGAGUACACAAAUGCCAAUAACUCUGACGAGGAAAGCAACGAAGGACUAAAUCUCCCGGACAGCCCGUUUUCGUAUCGAGUAGAUACCGGAAUUUCAGCAAUCAUGUAGUUUCAGAAACAUAAGCAAAGAGAAAGAGUUACAAAAGCUCAGUUUCAUACAUAACAGCUAUUCAAUUUAGUCAGAAAAGACUAAAGAAGGAUGCUGCUAUUUUUGCAACUGAAUUGGUGGAAGGAAUUAACAACUUAUUGACACAUGUAAGAUCUUCUUACAUGUUAUAGUAGUUUUUAGUUACAUUAGCAAAAGGUUUUGGUUUGGUUUCUAGAAGAUUAUGCAAUAGUUAGUUACUAGUUAGUAGUAACUUUCAUUAAAAAAUUCAUCAAUUGAUGAAACAUGAAAGGAACUUAGUGGUAAUAGUCUUUAUCUAUAAUUUUUUCACUAGAUAUUUAGGCUACUUUAGCAAUUUUUAUGGUUGUCCUUAUAAAAUGCUAGGGUGUUAUUCAGAAUAAAUAUAGAGAAUAUCUUGGAUUGGAAAGCCUUAUUGUUAUUUGAAAAGGCAAAACCAUUUUCUCUGUAAGGUUAUAUUUGAUGUUUAGUUAAUUAAUAUUAUAUGCAGAAUUUGGUGUCUUUCUUUGUGUAUAAUUACUCAAGAUAUUUAUUGUUAAUGGCUUAAUGCUGCAGUUAUUGUUGGAGUGUGACAUUCAUUUAAGAAAAUAUUAAACUUCUAAAUGUAUAGUUUUCUCAAGAGCCUAUUUUGGCUUUUAGGUGAACUAUAGUGUCA